GAGCGUCGGCUCCCGUUGGCCCCGCGCCGACGCCAUGGUGUCGCGAGUGCAGCUCCCGCCCGAGAUCCAGCUGGCGCAGCGCCUGGCGGGGAACGAGCAGGUGACCCGGGACCGCGCGGUGCGCAAGCUUCGGAAGUACAUCGUCGCCCGGACCCAGCGGGCCGCAGGUGGCUUCACACACGACGAGUUGCUGAAGAUAUGGAAGGGGCUGUUCUACUGCAUGUGGAUGCAGGACAAGCCGCUCUUGCAGGAAGAACUGGGAAAGACCAUUGCCCAGCUCAUUCAUGCAUUUCAGACCACUGAGGCACGGCACCUGUUCUUACAGGCCUUUUGGCAGACCAUGAACCGAGAGUGGGCUGGCAUCGACAGACUGCGCCUGGACAAGUUCUACAUGCUCAUGCGGAUGGUCCUGAAUGAGUCCUUCAAGGCUGUGAAGAGUGGAGGAUGGGAAGAGCGACUGGUUGAGCAGCUGCUCGAUCUGCUGACCACCGAAAUCCUGCACCCGGACAGCGAGGCCCCCAAUGGGGUGAAGAGCCACUUCCUUGAGAUCUUCCUGGAGGAGCUGAGCAAAGUGGGCGCUGCAGAGCUCACCGCGGACCAGAACCUGCAGCUCAUCGACCCCUUCUGCAGGAUUGCCGCCUGCACGCAGGAUUCCCUGGUCUUGCAUAACAUCACCCGGGGCAUCUUGGAGGCGAUCGUGGAGCAGGCCCCGCUGGCCAUCGAAGACCUGAUGAGCGAGUUGGAUGCGCAGAACAGAGAGGAUGAGGGCUCAGCUGGCGACGACGACGAUGAUGAUGAUGAUGACGACGAUGAUGAUGAUGAUGGUGCCGAGGCUGAGCAUGGACAGGACGCGCCAUCUGGGAACCUGUCUGCAGGCUCCACCCGUAGGACUGACCCUGAGGUGGGCAAGGGGCAGACGGGAGAGGACGGGGAGAACACCGGCCCCGUACUUCAGUUUGACUACGAGGCAGUUGCUAACAGACUGUUCGAGCUGGCCAGUCAGGAGAGCAUCCCUUCCCAGAACAGGAAGCGGCUCUACAAAGUGAUCCGGAAGUUUCAGGAGCUGGCUGGAGGCAGCUUCCCUGAGGACGACGUCCCGGAGAGAGCCUACAAGAAGCUACUAGAAGGGAGGCGCAAGGGAAAGCAGAAGAAGAAGAAGAAGAAGAGUUUGCCCAUAUCACCCCCGGAGGGAGGGGAAGGAGAGGAGGAGGCUCUGAGUCCUGACCCAGGCAUGGAGACCAAGAGGAAGAGGAGCAGAAAGAGGAGCAGGCCUGCAGAGCAGGCAGAGACUGGCCGCCAGAGAGGGGCUCACGGGAAAAGGAGGAAGAAGCCUCAGCAGCUGCUAGGUGCCAGGGCGAAGAAAGCCGGAGUGCAGCAGCCAGAGAGGAAGAGGAAGCGGACACUGGAAGGCAAGGAGUGACCAGGCCACCAGGCCAGUCCUGGACAAGCUGGAGCCGGGCUGCACGGCUCAUCUGCAUUGGGUUGAAUAAAGGCAGAGUACCUGGGCACGCUCCUGCGCUCUCUGCUAGCUUUGAGAGUUUUCCUUCUUUGAGCUAAGGCCUGUGUGUGAUGACUGUUCGAUCAGAAAUUGACAGUCCUGAGGUCGAAUUCUACCCACAGUGGGUGUGGUGAUGCACGCCUGUAAUCCCAGCUACAUGAGACAGAAGGAUCAUGAGUUCAAGGUCAGCCUGGACCACAUAGACCCUGUCUCACACAGAAAGAACGGCCUACAUGGAGAUCACCCACCUUGAGCUCCCCACAAAAUAAACGCCUUACAAGAGCAGCA